CAAGCUAUCCAUAUUUUAAAAAUCAAGUUCAAAUUUAUUUCUUUUGUUUGAUUACUCUUGAUGAGAAGUAACAAUACUCCUUAAAUUGUACAAUUUUAUAAGUUUUCGACAGCGAUAUGUCAUUUGCCAUCCAUUUCGAUCGAUCCAUGCUGGUGGAGUACGGUGCUGCCUUUAUGUAUUACAUUGAAAAGUACAUGUUAAUGGAGGUAAUGAGCCGACUUCUAGCGGAGAUUGCCGUUUCGGAUGGAGUGACCGAUGUGCGUCGGUGGAUGGGCGAGAAUAUCAAGCGGAUCGGUGUCGAUAUAUAUACCAAAUCGUUGGACGCCUUUCAUCGUGGAGUUGAGAGAGAUUUCUACCAGCUGCCCAGGAAUUUUUACCAUCGCAUCGUGCUCCAUGGCAAACCAGGAUCGGGUCGAAGCUCUUUGGCACAUGUCUUAGCUCAACGUUGGAACUUACUCAUUCUGGAUGCCGAUGUCUUGGCCUAUCACAGCAUAAAUAGCCAGAAACAGGAUGAGCACUCGCGAUUGCUGCAGGAAGCCAUUGAAAAGGAUUGUGUGUACAAAAGGUCCCAGGCAGUGGGAAAUCUCAUUCAGAACAGACUCCUCAAGGAUGAUGCCCUGCACAGGGGUUGGAUACUGAUCAAUUACCCAAACAAUAAGUGUGAAGCUGAGGAACUCUUCGAGGGCUUCACUGUGCCCCCAAAUCGAUUUGUCUUCCUGCAAAUCGAUGAGCGUAUGGCACGCAUGCGAAUUGUGCUGAAUAGUUAUUCGCCAGGACCUCAAGCUCACAUUAGCUUUUUGGAUCGCCAGAUGGCCCAGUUCCGGAAAAGUGAACCUGCUCUUAAUGCCUAUCUCAGUCAGCGAAGAGAAGUUGUGUAUGUGGAUGCCUCACCUUGUUUCGAGCAAGUCAAAUGUGAAAUCAUCUCGCAACUCACAAAAACUCCGUAUGUUUUGGGUAAAAAGUAUGGCGAGGCCAAUGCCAAAAUUUGAAUUUGACUCAAGCUCUUCAAGCAUCCAAAUUGAGUAACAAUGUGUGCUUUAAGUCCUUUCUCUGAUUACUCUCGUUAUUAUUAUUAUUUGCUCAAGUGUCUGACGUUGUUUGUGUUUUUAUUGCCUUGCUUUUUUUUGGGGUCAGGCCUAUCAGACUUCUGACCGAUUCCCCAACCACUCAGAAAAAAAAUCCUACGUUUUCGUUUAGGUAAACAAGAAACGCAAGAGACACUUAAGUGGAAGUGGAUGUGAUAGAAAAUAUUUGGAAGAAAUAAUACCCUUUAAAAAAGUUUCGAUAAGCGGGCUA